AUGACAGCCACGGAAACCCUCCGGGCUAAUUCCGGCAUCACCUUCAAGCCCCUUGCGCCAACGUUCGGGGCAGAGUGUGUCGGAGUCGACUUUUCCAAGCCCGUCCCGGGGUCCACCGUCCAGAUCAUCCGGGAUGGCAUGGCCAGGUACGGCGUGCUCGUCUUCCGUGGGACGCAGCUGGACGAUGCCGGCCACGUGGCGUUUGCCGCCCAGUUUGGCGACCUGGACGACCAGACGCCCUGGAUUCACCCGGGCACGCCCUACCGCCUCGGCCAGUACACGCAGCUGAGCGACGUGGGCAACAUCGAGGUCGACGGCCACAUCGUGCAGAAGGAGGACAUCCGCUACCAGAUCAACCAGGGCAACAAGCUGUUCCACGUCGACUGCAGCUACAACCCCCGCCGCGCCGGCUACUCCAUGCUGCGGGCUCACACCCUGCCGCCUAAGGGCACGGGUGGCGGCACAGCCUUCGCCGACACGCGGACCGCCUACGACGACCUGGACGCCGAGAGCAAGGACAGGAUCAAGGACCUGGUCCUGUGGCACAGCCUGUGGCACUCGCGGCGGCUCGGCGCUCCGGACAGCGCCGUUCUGCAGAGCGUCAACCCGGAGGACCACGCCAUGGCCCGGCACAAGCUCGUGCAGCUGCACGAGCCCAGCGGCCGCACGAACUUGUACAUUGCCUGGCACGCGUACCGCGUCGACGGCUGGACGCGCGAGGAGAGCCGGCCGCUCAUCGAGGCGCUGCUCGAGCACGCCAGCCAGGAUAAGUACACGUUCCAGGUCGACUGGGAGAACAACGGCGAUUUGAUUAUCUGGGACAACACUUGCGUUAUGCACCGUGCCACUGGCGGCACCUAUCAGGGCAAGUAUGUGCGUGAUAUGCGGAGGGCGACGGUUCUGGACUCGUCGUCAACCGCUUGGGGUCUCAACGACCAAACCGUGGAGCGGUCGGGCAUGUUUGCGUCUACCACCAAGAACACCAAGUGGGUCGACGGUCAAGAUGUCAAGACCCAGGCGGCUUGA